GGAGAAUGUCCAAAAAGUAAAUAGUAUCUGUACUGAAAUCCGAAAAUAAACGCAGUUGAAAAUGAAGUUGUUUUUAGUCGUUUUAUUGGCUGGUGUAUGGUCAACGACCGCUGCUCCACAUGCAACACCAAACAUCAUAUUCCAAGAAUAUGGAUUAGAUAUUCCAGUUUUCGACAACUUUCAAAACGUCGGCGAAGUUUUGAAAUGUAUUCAAACUGCAAUCGAUAGAGUAGUCGAAGAAAGUGACUUGGGACAAAUUUGGGAUGAAACCAAAAAUAGUAUCGAUCAGUCGGUCUCUGUUGAAUGGCCAAAAUGCGUUGCCACCACAAAUAAAUACAAAAAAUUGAAAUGCCAAGCCAACGUCGCCAAAAAUGUCGCUGAUACCGUUAACGUUUUCGUAAAACAAUUGGCUAAAAUAAACAAAUGGGAAUUGGUGCAAGAAAUCAAAGAAAAAGUCUUGACUUGGUGCUUUGAGUCAAAUGAAGUUGAAGAAUUUGAUGCUCCAUUCCUGAAAACUUUCCUCGCCCGUUUCGAAUGUAUUGCUUCGGCUCUCGGUGCAGCAUCAAACGCCCUCGGUUUGCAAUCAUUGUGGGAAAAAUCUCAACCACAACUUGUACAUCAUCUUGGCCAAUGGAAACAAUGUCAACAAGUUGAAAACACUGUCUUCCGUUAUUUCUGCGAAGCUAAAGAAGGAGCAACCACCUUCGUAAUUGUCAGCGAAUACAUUAAAUUGGCCGCUGCUCAACAACCAAAAUUCGUUGCAUCUUUCGGCACUUAUUAUAAACAAGAUUGUACUGGAAAAUCUUUUGCCGAGGAAGUGGAUGCCGUAGAAGAAUUUGAUUUUGAUCUUGACGUUGAAGAAUUUGCAGCCAACCCAAGUUAUUACAAUCAAUUUGCAUGUGUUGCCAAAUCCCUUGAUACAGUGUCGAAAGCUCACGGUUUAGAAUCAUUAUGGGCAAAAGCUCAACCAAAAAUUGAACAUAGUCUUGGCAAAUGGAAUAAAUGCUUAGCUUCAUCAAAUCCCGUCUACGCUAAAGUUUGUCAAGUUAAACCUGGCGUUGAAAGCUUCAUAUACAUGACUAAAUACAUUAAAUUGGCCGAUGCUAAAGACCCAAAAUUCGCUGAAGCUUUUGCCGCUGAUCAUAAUAAGAAUUGUGCCGAUCAUUCAUACGCCAAUGAAUUGGUUGAAACCUUUGUGGUCAAUGGUAUUGAGGCUUGUGUUGAAAAGCUUGUCCAAAAAAUCAAGUGUGUCUCUGAAGCCAUCACUGAAUCCGUUCAAGGAACUCAUUUCGAACAAGUCUGGGCUGAAGCUCAUACUGAUUUGACCCAAUUACAAAAUAAACUUGUUGGCUGUGCAUCAAGCAACGAAGCUGUUAAAUGCAUCACUGAAACACUUAAGGAAAGCUACUCACUAUUCGCCAAAUUCUUAAAACACUUAAAAGAAGCCAACUAUGAUGCUUACAACAAAAUUAAACAAAACAUCAAAAAGAAGUGCUACACAGCAUAAGUUUGUGGAAAGUAUGCAUUACUCCGAUAGUAAAACUCAUAUAAAAAAUGUAAAUGAUAUUCAUCAAAAUGAAUGAAAUUCUGCACA